AUGAUUACCUCCCUAGAUGUGGUCCACGAGCUGCUCACAACGAUCUACAGCAGCAUAUUCUCGCGGAGCAGCAAAGAAAUUCUCAAGUACGACGUGCUGCUCUACCUGGACGACUACUACUAUUUUGACAUUGUACGAAAAGUGAGUGAAGACAUAAAGGAGUUGGAUCCCGACUCGUGUGUUGUACAAAGUGAGAACAACUUUAACGACAUUUUCAUGCAAUUUAAUCAGAGCAGGAACUACAUCAUUAAGGAUAAAAAAUAUGAAAGUGAGAAUGAAAGGAGGAUAGAUUUUCUCCACGAGCUGCUGGCCGACCUGUUGUGUUUGCUAUAUGUGAAAGGAAAAAAUGGCUCGAAGGACGUGAGAGUCAUUACGAAGAGAGAGCACACAUGUAAAGAGAACACAAAUUGGGAACUCAUAAAAGAGGAGUUAGCCCAGAUUGAAAAGUUACGUGGAGAGGACAGAAAGGAAGCUGUAUCAGGGUCCCCCCCCGUGGCCACGUUAAGUACAGACCCAAGAGGAAAUUUGGACGAGACGUACAUAAAGAAAAUCCUGAGCAUCCCAAAGGAGCACUUGCAAAAUGAGGACAUCAUUAUAAAGCAAACAGUAGACAAAGGGACAGAACAAAUGGUAAAGGAACUGCUGGAACAUCUUAAUGUAGAAUAUCAGAUGAGGUACUACUACCUUUUUCUAAAUCAUUACCUGACCAUGCAAACCUUGCUCAUGUCUCCAUUAAUUGAUUUAACCUCUGAGGAGUUAAGAAGAAUUGUAAAUAAAAUUGUGCAAAUUAAAAAAAUUGCCUACCGACCUGUUACUAUAUACGACGUGCUUUCCUUUCAGUACAGCAACAUUGAAUUCUUUAAGUCUUCUCACCACAACUUGGCUUCUCCAGUGAAGAAGGUACAACUUGUGGGGGAGACCAUCGAACGUGGAGGCAUACCCACUACGUUUUCCAAAAAAGUGAUCAUGAAAGAUGUGAUCAGUGCGAACAUUUCUCUUAAGGAGAAGUACAACAAGGUGAAGCGGCACAACGAGGGAAACUUCGGGGGGAGGUACAAGGCUCGCAAUUAUUACGAUUCCUCCAGGAGGUAG